GAAAGUUGAGGGACGAAAAGGACCAAAGCAAAAAGCCAAGCAGAACUAACUGAAGGCGGAGAAGAACCGAGUGGAUCUGAGAAGAUCAGUUCGCUGUUUACUGUUACAUCUCCAAACCAGGAUCCGCCAUCUCUUCUCAGUGGAUCGAAAGCAGGCGACGGAGGAACCACUGCGCGCAAAAGGAACGCGAAUUUAACAUAUAACAUAAUAAAUAACGAGAUAAAUGGAGGAGGAACGAGGACUUGAAAUGUUUUUCUAAAAGGAACUUUGGAUCUGUGUGAGAACAUCGGAAUUGAAUUGUGGCUCGCAUGCGCGGUGGAGCGGCGCUCUGAUCGGCGGUAUGGCCGCGCCGGGAGCUCUGAACAGCGGUAAGCGUGAUGAGGCGCAGGCGCUGGCGCGGAGCUGCGCGGGGAGACCCGACUUCCUCCCGUGUGAUGGACUUUCCAUCUGCGCUACACACAGCCAUGGAAAGUGCUUCAAACUGCACUGGUGCUGCCAUCUCGGCUGGUGCCACUGUAAAUAUGUCUACCAACCUAUGACAAGCGUGUGCCAGCUUCCCACCACCUCAGUCCCUGCCUCGCCCUCAAAACACAGCGACACCAUGAACCUGUCGAUUUCCCUGACCGAGCGCCUCCUCAGGACCGCCAAGAACUUUAAAGCCCCACCUUGUCCAGAGUCACCCAGGUUCUGUGUCAUCUCUGACCUUUUCGUCGACGACUACAUAGUGAAACGGAUCAACGGCAAGAUGUGCUAUGUCCAGAGACCUCCGGCAUUACCGCCCGUUCCCCCAGAGACAGUUUCGGCCUCUCCUGCGAAGCUCCCUUCUAAGGAGGCUCAGAAUCAGCUGUCCCAGGUUGCUCAAAGUCCAGCCAAGCAAGGCCAGAAAGGGCCAAAAAUGGACCACUGUUCAUCUCCAUCCAGCUCAGAGGACUCUGGGAUUAACGCUUUAGGUCUGCACUAUAUGGAGUCGUGCGAGGACGAUUCCUGCGAAGAGGAGGAGGACGAGGAGGAGGACGAGGAUGAGUUGAGCACAGAUGGAGACUCCAGUCCAGGGAGCUUCUGGGAACAGGAUGAGUGCGGUCUGCUUACGCCAUCCAAGUCGACUCUGGAGAUAAUUGAGAAGAUUGAGACGACUGUCUGAUGCUUCGGGACAGUUUACAUUCGAAUUCACUUGUUGAAGUCUUCAACCUGACUUCAGAUUAAGAGCUGGUUGGUCAAACAAGAGCUCAACCAAAACACAGAUGGACAUUAAUCCUCUCUGUCACAAGGUCUGUUAUUGCACCUGUGAUAUUAUAUGGAAGCCUUUUUGAGGUUCUUCACCCAUUUAGCUACUUAAACUUUCUUCACGUUGUCUAUACACCUUUGUUUUCUCCCUGCAUGGUGAUGAUGAUGGAUUAUAUACAGUAGAAUUCAGAAAUACCCUCGUGCACGCAUUGAGAAAUAUGUCUAGAUAUUAUGUGGGGCUAUGUUAUAUGGGUGAUGGAAUAUUAUCAGCACAGCCUACAGGUAGAGAUUUUAAAUUAAAGGUGCACAGAUCUUAUACUGAGUGUUUGUAUUGGCGCCAAGAGUGGAUUAUACUAAUAUUGGAUUA